UUUUACAAGCAUGAGCUGAAGUUUAUUUCCUGGAUUAAUUAGAAAAGGGCACACAGCAGUCACACAUGUCUGACAGUCCUAAUGGAUGGAAUAUCUCUUACUUUACAGCGGCGAGAAGGAACCAGACCCCCAAAGCCGUCACCCUCCCAGUAACCCAGGUCGUGUCACUUCCUGCCAGCUCAACCAUCAUCAACGGCAGCCAGAUUUCUGAUGAUGGAGUGAUCAUCAGCCAUCACUGGGAGCAGGUUGGAGGUCCAUCCAUAGAGCUUGGAGCUUUCUCGGACACACAGAUUCUCAACCUAUCCAACCUUGCCCCUGGGGAGUACACAUUCAGGUUGACCAUUACAGAUUCUGCCGGGUUGUCAGACUCCUCCAUGGCUACAGUGAAAGUCAUUCAGUCAGUGGAGAAUAACCAAAUGCCCUACCCCAGCCAUGUCACUCUCACCUCCAGCCCUGGCCUUGCUGCUACCCUGGCCCACAGGCAGGAUGACCCUACUGCAGCUACCCCCUCUACUAGUGCCUCUGUCACUCAGAAGACAGAGAACAAAAGCACCCCCAUAGCUGAGGUCAAGGUGUCAAACGGAGCCCCUGUGGCUAUAGUGGGUCCUAACAGGCAGCUGACCCUCCCAGUGACCAGCGUCACCUUGGACGGAAGCAGCAGCACUGAUGACCACGCCAUCACCAGCUACCACUGGCACACCAUCAGAGGUCCUCCAGGGUCAAGGACACAGGGUGUGGACAAGCCCAUAGCCAUAGUAACGAGCCUCAGAGCGGGCCGCUAUACAUUUAGUCUGACUGUGAGUGACCAGGAAGGGCUGAAAGACAGUGCCUUACUCACAGUCAGGGUUCAAGAGGCCAGAAGCCUUCCACCUGUAGCACAUGCCAGUGGCAGCCACACCCGAGCCCUGCCCAACAACUCCCUGGUACUCAGAGGCUCAAUGUCGGAUGGUGACCCAGCCACGGUGGACUUCCUCUGGGUCCGGGACAGUCAGAGCCCUGCUGCUGGGGAGGUGCUGUAUGGUUCAGAGCAGCAGGCCUCCGUGUACCUGGCCAACUUGGUGGAGGGGACCUAUCUGUUCCAGCUGCGUGUCACAGACACCCAGGGACGCAGCAGCACCGCCACAGCCACCAUGGAAGUGCGGCCAGACCCUGGUGGUCGUGAGGAGGUGGAGGUGGAGAUGUUGGUGGCGCUGGCCCAGGUGAGUGUGUCACAGAAGGACACCGUGCUCAGACAGUUGGCCGCACUGCUCCAUGUCCUGGACAAUGGCAUCCACCUAAGGGGCCUAUGGGGACACUCAGAUAUCAGGUAUUUGUGCCUGCUCUGCUGCUCGGGCUGUGGGACGUGUGACCCAAUCAACAUGGAGUGUGUCUGUGACCCCUUUUGGACAGAGAACCUCAUUCGCAGGUUCUUUGGCGACGGAGAGAGCAACUGUGAGUGGCAGGUUCUCUACUUCAUCCUGUCCUUCUUCAUGGUCAUUGUCUUCAUCGUGACAGUCACCUGGACGUGUGUCUACUGUGUCUACUGCUGCAAAAGGAGGAGGCGCACUAAGGUCGGGAAGAAAACCAAGUACACUAUACUGGACAACAUGGACGAACAGGAGAAAAUGGAGCUGAAGCCCAAAUACAACAUCAAACACAGGAGCACGGAGCACAACUCCAACCUCAUGAUGUCCGAGUCAGAGCUGGACAGUGACCAGGACACAGUCUUCAGUCGAGACCGACCGGUCCGGAGCAGAAACCGGACCAAUGCUCAGGCUUCCCACAACGGGAACACCUACGGAUGAGCAGGAACGCACAGAACUGGGGUGGUUAUUGUACAACAUGAGUGAAACCCACUCUUGGGAUUAUGGCCGGGGUGCACAGCUCGAGUGCCAUAGUGUCUGCUUGUUUUUGGUCUUGUCUUCUAUUCAAAUACUGGUUUCGACCAGAUGUGUACUUUCUAUGACAACUCAGCACCAGGGAGAUGUGAAAAUCCAAGGGCUGUAGGAUAGUAGAGUUGGGCAUCCCUGGAUUCUGGGAACUAACAGUAGCAUUAACUUUACAUGCAUACAGACAGUUUGAAUAAUUUGACACUAAGGAUGAAGGUGCUAUUUGUGAGGAGGUUCUGUGGCCUCACAUACUUCUACAGAUUGGUGAAUGUACAUACAACUACCCAUUAUGCAUACUAGUCUACCGACUACUACUGACCUUUAACUUUGCCUUGUUAUCCAAUGUUUUUUUACUGUCAUUAUUUUGUAGGAAAUGGAGACAAGCCCAACCCUGGUUGUGAGCAUCUGACGCCUCUCCUGUAAAUGUUUUGACAAAUUGGAUUUGUCAAAAUGGCUAGAUGGAAAAGUCUAAAUUCUUAUGUUUAGUACCCAAAGUCCAUCUUGUGAUGCUACUCGUGAAUCAUUUAAUCAGAAUCAAACUCAAUUUAUCUGUGAUCUCUAUGAGUGUCUUGGACUUAGACACAAUACAUCACAGCAUUAUAUUGUAUUUGACCUACUGUUUUGAGUUAGCACACUUGUCCUCGAAAACUAGUUGUAUAGUUUUGGUAUCUUUCUCAUUUUAAAGCUUCUUUAUGCUAAAUAAGCAUAAUGGGUCUUGUAAAUGGGCCCGAAGAAACAGAACCAGCCAUUUCAUGGGACAAGCCAUAAAGGUGCCAAAAUGCACUAUAAGCCUGUGGCUAACAGAGACCCUAUUAUAUCCAAGUACUUGGUAAUGCAUCCAUUCUUCCUUCCCUUGGCAAGAUCUAUUAUCUAACUUGAACAUGGUGGGUAACAUGCUUUCAAUCAAUAAUUCCUUUGCGUAAUGAUGGAUUUUUCCCCUCUCAUUCACUGUCAGAGAAUGUCUGAUUACAUGAGUGUAGUGCCAAAUAAUUAGGACACACAGUUUAAGGAUUAAGAAGAGGACAGAUCAAAUUGAUAAUUAACAUUACUAUGCAGGACAGGUAGCCAUUGAUGGAAUGGAUCAAAUACUUGACAUUAAACCAACAUAAGCAUGUCCAAUGGUUGCUUUACAUUUUUCUUCCCGUAAGGGACUGGGGAGAUAUUUCCCCAAUAUGGACAGAAACACUAACAGCCAUGUUAUAUUCAUGGCUUUUUCCCAUUACACCACCCAAUUUUUGGUAUUUGCUCUGUUUACAACUACCAAUGUUUUUACAGAAAAUUAAAUGCAUCAAAUCAAUGAACA